AUGUCUGCCAAGGCCAUUUCCGAAGCAGAUGGCAAGGCCAUUCUCAACUACCACCUCACUCGCGCCCCCGUCAUCAAGCCCACCCCUCUCGCACCGCAGUCCACCCACAACCCGCCCGCCAAGCUCGCCACCAUCACCUUCGAGGAGGGCGACGACGUCAAUGGUGUGCUCGAUGCCGCCGAGGCCAAGUACCCAUUCCUCCUCGUCCCAGGCUCGAAAUUCGUCGCGAAGCCCGAUCAGCUCAUCAAGCGGAGAGGCAAGUCGGGACUGCUCAAGCUGAACGCAACAUGGGCAGAGGCCAAGGAGUGGAUUGCAGCCCGCGCGAACAAGAUCCAGAAGGUGGAACACGUCGAGGGUGCCCUCAGGAAUUUCCUCGUCGAGCCCUUCGUCCCACAUCCUCAGGAGACCGAAUACUACAUCAACAUCAACUCCGCACGUGAGGGUGACUGGAUUCUCUUCUACCACGAGGGUGGUGUUGAGGUUGGAGAUGUCGACGCCAAGGCCGAGAAGCUCCUCAUCCCAGUUGACCUGACCCAAUACCCGAGCAACGAACAAAUCGCCGCUGGUCUCCUCUCCAAGGUGCCAAAGGGCGUGCACCCAGUGCUGAUUGACUUCAUCUCCCGCCUGUACGCCGUCUACGUCGACUCCCAAUUCACCUACCUCGAAAUCAACCCAUUGGUCGUCAUCCCCAACAAGGAUGUCACUGGUGCGGAUGUGCACUUCUUGGAUCUGGCGGCCAAGAUUGACCAGACUGCUGAGUUCGAGUGCGGUUCCAAGUGGGCUAUUGCUCGUGCGCCAGCUGCUCUCGGAAUUCCAGUCGCACCUACUUCCAAGGGCGGCAAGAUCGAGAUCGAUGCUGGCCCUCCAAUGGAAUUCCCAGCUCCUUUCGGGCGUGAGAUGAGCAAAGAGGAGGCUUACAUUGCGGAGAUGGACGCCAAGACUGGUGCAUCGCUCAAGCUGACCAUCCUCAACUCCAAGGGCCGUGUCUGGACACUGGUUGCUGGUGGUGGUGCUUCCGUUGUGUACGCCGAUGCCAUUGCUUCUGCUGGGUUCGCCUCAGAGCUUGCCAACUACGGUGAAUACUCUGGUGCUCCAACCGAGACUCAGACCUUCCACUACGCACGAACUGUCUUCGACCUGAUGCUGCGGGCACCACAGCACCCAGAUGGCAAGGUCCUGUUCAUUGGUGGUGGUAUUGCCAACUUCACCAACGUCGCCAGCACAUUCAAGGGUGUCAUCCGCGCCCUCCGCGAAGUCGCCCCUCUUCUCAACGAGCACAAGGUCAAGAUCUGGGUCCGCCGUGCCGGUCCCAACUACCAGGAAGGUCUCAAGAACAUCAAAGCAGUCGCCAAGGAGUUGGAUCUCUCCAUGCACGUUUUCGGCCCGGAGAUGCACGUCUCCGGUAUCGUGCCUCUUGCAUUGAUCCCCGGCAAGUGGAACGACAGCAUCAAAGAGUUUGAGACUUAA